AAAAAAAAAAGUAAUGCGAAGAACCGUCAAAAUUGGUCAAAAUCUUCUGGUGCACGUUUUGAAACAUUUUUAAUAGGUUGUCCGUUAUAUAAUUUUUCUUGUCAUUGCGAGAGGGAAUGUCCUGCAACACGUGCCAAGUGAAAUUUUCGUUCUUCGUGAAAGACAUCGGUUGCCCGGGCUGCGGCUAUUCUUGCUGUAGAAAAUGCCUCAAGUACAAAUGCAAUAUUCCUGAUGUAGGGAGAAGGAAAGUUUGCGGACGUUGUCACAACAAGCUAAGCAAAAUGAAGAAAUCGAGUCCCACGGAUAAUUCCGUGGACGGUGCUGUUACGCCUAACGUGAGCGAUGAGCCACUCGCGCCAAUUGACAUCACUAUGAAGCUGAAUUUGCUGGAGAAUCCGGUAAAGCCUCCAAUAGUGAUAUACAAACAUACGAAUCGCUGGGACAAACUCAAGGUGGGAUUAGAGCCGGCUGAUCAACAGAUCGUAGACAGGCUACGAAAGCUGAAAGACGAGGAACGGAACAUUCCAUUGCCUACUGUCGAGGAGAUAAAGCAAAGACUGGCGUUGUUGAAGGAUCAAAGUCCAGAGGCCGGUGGAAGUAGUGUUAUAGAUAUACAUCGGGUGGAUACUAGAACGGAUCAGGAAAAGGCGGAUGAUUUGAUACAGGAGUACCUUGCGCAAAUAGAACUACCUUCCACUAGCGAUCUUUGUAAGGAUUUUGAGAGACUCGACUUCUUACGGGAUGACGGCGGUAAAACUCGUUUUGAUCAAGGCUUGGAGGAAAAGAUUAACACUUACAAGAUCUUUGACAGAACAAACGAUGAUGUAGAGUUAAUUAACAAAGUUUCAACUAUGGCAGAAGCUUCGUCAACAGAGACUUCUCCAAACGUGAAAGACGAGGAUGGAGACGAGGAUGAAGAUGAAGAUGAGGAAGAAAAUGAGUGCGUCAUGUGUUUCCGGAAUGCGAAUAAAUUGGAUCUAUAUAGAUGUACGGGUUGUACAGGCGAUCUCUACUGUCCCGCAUGUUUCGAGAGUUCCCAUGAUGAAAGUGAAAUGAUUGACGAGCAUAAGGCAGUUCGCUUUAUCAAGAAAAAUAAGGGAGAUAAAUUGUCUUCUGCAAAGAUGAGCCUUAUACAGAAACUAUUGACGUCAGAUAGUCAGAAGAACAAUCACUGAUAAUAAUUCAUUACUGCGCAUUAUGCGAAAACAUUCUUCAGAGACAACCUUAUGAUUUUAUGCUCAUUUACAGCGUUAAUUUAAUCACACUUGAAUGUUGUACGCACAUGAGACUAAAAUCGGAGAAAUGCUCCUAACAAACAUAUAAAAUAAUUUAAAGAUUUCUCUAAUCGCUUAAUGCAGGUGAUUCUUUCAGUCUCUGGGAAUUAAAAUUACGCUUUACCGCUCGCUUUUGGCUGUGUCGUUUCGUAGUUGUGGUAAUUCUUAUUCAUUUAUUAGUUUCAUCAACUUCUUGUUUUUAGUAUUAUACAACAGAGAUAUAUAUAAUGCACGCUCGUGUACGAGUAUAGUCAGGCGUAGAUACCGCGUUUACGCUUAUAAGAACGUUCUUUAUAAUUCUACAGAAUAAAGUUAUUUUGGCUAAUUUGUAAGUUUUCAAGUCUCCCCAAUUUCUACAAGUUUUGUCUCAAACUUUAUUUUUUAAUCCGUAAUUCCAAGUGUUUUUUUUUUUUAUUGAAAAUUACAUUUGGAUAUGUGAUAAACUGUAACAUUUUCGUUCGAUUGUUUAUAGUUUUAUAGCAAUGGUCAACCAGAGAUUCCAGAGACUUGACACAAUUAUCGCGCAUAAUUCUUGCCAAUGUUUG